AUGGCCAUCGGCGACGCCCCCUCUAGCCCUUCCCAGGCCGUGCCUAUGCAGCCCCUCGACAUCCAAGCAUGGACUGAGCAGGCCACUGUUGCUCUGGGUUCUAUGGCCAUUGCCGCGCCUGGGGAUGGAGUCCGUGGCACCUCGAUCACUCUUGCGAUUCCUCUCGACGAGCACGAUGCGCCUCGCCCCUCUGCCCGUCCCCUGGGUGCAGCAGCAGCUGUUGCUGCGACUGAUGGUGGCUACUACCGCCGCAAAGAGCCAAUCAGGCGUGAUAGCAUGAGGAAUCGCGAGGCUCUCCUCAAGGGCAAGGAGGGCUCUCGGCGCAGGCAGAGGUGGGAAAAUGAUCGUCUUCUAAACAACCCUCAUGCCGAACCUCCACUUCCUCGAGAUUGGGAAGUUCACCCGACUCACCGUGUCAAGAACGUGCCCUACUACCUCGCCCCCCUCUGGGAUGCAGGCCUCAAGCGCCAAUCCGCCGAGCGCAAGACGGCUGCUAUCGCUGAAAAGGCGGCCACUCGGACGGUGGCCAAGAAGCCUACAAGCCCUGGGGUGGUUCCCAAAGAAUUGCGCGAGAAGCUCAAGCGGUCUCGUGGCGCAAAGGGUCUUCUCAUGGACCUUGAAAGCGAAGUCCGCAAAUUUGUCACCGAGUGGGAGGAAAAAGAACGCAAAGCCGAGGCAGAGGGCAUACCUGCUGAUGCUGACAGCGAGGACGAUGAAAUCGUCUUUGUUGGGCGGAAUGGGCGGAUGAACGACGACCUGGCCAAGGAUGCAGAGCAGAGGAAGCGAGAGCUGAAGCUGUUUGAGACGCCCGAGGGCGAUGUGGGCGGAAGCUUUGGCAGGUGGCUUGUUCAUCACAUCGGUGUAUACUAUGGACUCAACACCUGGAGUGUUACCGUGGGAAACCCGGCCAGAAGGGAGGCGUAUAUUGGGGUCAAGGGGUCAAAGUUGAGGACAGGGAAUGCGGGGACUAUGAUUUGCAGGCCGUUGCCUCGCCCACUGUUUGCUUUGGUCUAG